UUCACAAUUUUGAACACUUCAGGCCCUGCAAUCGGAAUCAUUUCUACAAUGGCUGAGAAACGAGCAGGAGAAUCAACGGAUACGCGGACUGCUGAAAAUGGCUCAUCACCACCUCGUAAGAAGGUGAUGAAGACCGACCGCCAGACUGGAAUGUCACCUCUAGAAGAAUUGAAGGAGAAGGCCAAUAGGUUUGGUUUGGACAUUCUCAGUGACAGCUUUGCCAAGAAGAUGGAUGAACUUGAUCAGCUAGCUCCACUUAGAGAGGAAUUCAUCAUGCCUAAGAUGAAGGAAUUACCAGAUGUUGAUCUAUCUCUGGUUAAUAAAGAAGAUGAAUGUAUCUACUUCUGUGGUAAUUCACUUGGUCUUCAGCCCAAAGGACUCAAAUUCUAUUUUGAUGCUGAACUGGAAAAAUGGGCCAAAAUGUGAGUAAAAUAAUCUGAUAUCAUAUUUGACU